CGUGGUUCUUGGCAAUCCACGCAGACAUUGGUUCAAUAAUGGCGGCUGUUGGAGGUAGUUCUUCUUUGGGGCUACCCUGUGUUUUCUCUCCAAAGUCACGUCAAUACCUUGCUUUAUGUGCUCAGGAUGGCAGACUUCGUAUUUGGAACACAGAUAUUAAAACACUUAAUCAAGAGUACGUGCCUUCAGCACACUUGAGUGCCACUUGUACCUGCAUAUCUUGGGGACCAUGCCGAAAGGCCAAGGAGGGACCUCAGCGGAAGAAAAGGAAAUCUGAGGCAGGACAGGUGGAGAAUCAGGUGGACCUGUUGGCUCUGGGCACGGCUGCGGGCAGCGUUAUCAUCUACAGCACAGUGAAAGGAGCACUGCACUGUACACUGGAUGGAAGUCACAGUGGUGUGGUGAACUGUGUGCAGUGGCACCCUGAGGACUGCCUGCUGUACAGUGGCUCAGACGACACACACAUCGUAGAGUGGGACCUACAGACGGGCAAGGCGCGCUGUAAGUGGAAGGCUGAUCGUGCCCCAGUGACCAGUCUGUGUGUGAGUCCGGAUGGCAAGCUGCUGCUCUCAGCGGGACAUACCAUCAAGAUGUGGGACCUCGAGACCAAGGAGGUGUACCGGAAGUUCACAGGUCACUCCACAGCGGUGACGACCCUGCGCUUCGCCACCACACGCCCCCCGGAUAGUGACGGCCUCUACUUCCUCUCCGGCGCAGCCCACGACAGACUCCUCAGCGUGUGGCAAGUCCGGGAGGACGGCAAGGACAAGAACUCAGUGGUGUCCUUCAACCUGACUGACGAGCCUCACCACAUAGACCUCUUCACCUCCAACAGCAAGGAAGAGGCGUUGAGGCUAGCAGUGGUGUGUAAAGACGGCCAGCUUCAUCUCUUUGAGCAUUUUUUGAACGGGCCCUGUAAGAAGCCCCUGUCCCCGUUGUGUACAGUGCAGAUGACUGGGGUGGAGGACAGCCCCAUUCCCGUUCCCCUGUUGGCUGCGGCCCUCACUACAGACACACACAGCUUGCUGCUGGCCUACGGCAACCACUUGCAGCCUGUCAUGGAGAGAGUGGAGGUGAACACGGCAGAGAGACAUGUUUGCCUGACCCGUGAUGUCCACACCACCCUCUCCCUCACCAUGGAAACCACAGUCUCCAAGGUGAAAACCCCAGUAGUUAAUGCCAAGAGCAAAGUUGUCGUCCCUGGGCUUCCCGGUCACCAAGCGCCGGUCAAAGGAGCCCUGGGAUCCGAGAAGAGAAAGGGCACAGAUGCCAAAGAGAUGUCUAUAGAGGAGCGACUGGGCAAGAUUGAAAUGUCAUCUGAAAAGGCUGUCAAGGGGGCCCCUUCUCUACAGACCGACAACUUUGCGGUGCUGCUGGUGCAGGGCCUGGAGAGCAAGGACGCCAACAUCCUCAAUAAAGUGUUUCAGACCCGGAAGGACAUGUUGAUAAAGAAAACAGUUGCGCGGGUACCCCUCCCUGCCGUCUUGCCAUUGGUGGAGGAGAUCACCAAGAGAAUGCAAGGGCAUCCAUACACGGCAGUGCUGAUGGUGCGAUGGCUCAAGGCGGUUCUCAUGCAGCACACCUCCUACUUAGCCUCUUUGCCAGACCUGAUGUUUCAGCUGGGAGUACUGUACCACAUGAUUGAGAGUAGAGUCAAGAUGUUCCACAAGCUGACCAAGCUGCACGGCAAGCUCUAUCUGCUCAUGACACAGGUGGCGACAAGCAGCAACGAAGUCAAAGACGUGGACCACACGGCCAAGCUUGUCUAUGAAGAGGAGUCCUCUGAUGAAGACAAUGCUUCAGGUGACGAAGGUCUUCCAGAUGAGGAUUCUGAUAACUGGGAGGAGGAUGAGACUAAGGAAGACAAGGUGGAGGAAGGCAUGAGGAUGGAAUCAAAAGUGACUGGCGAUUCUGACAUAGAACCGGGGAACGAGAGCGAGGAGGAGUGACAAGCGAAGGAAACCAAUUUAACAAAAUAAACUACAAAUGGACCUGAAAGAUUUAUAUGUACUUUCAUUUAUUUUUAUCCUUUUGAUUUUCUUAUCAGAACAAAAUGGUUUUAUUGAAAAAAAAAGGGCAGGCAGUGGUUGGUAUAUGGCGGUGAGUGAGGCCACCAUCGUGCCACAACCAGGGACCUCCACUAUGGAGGUGGUGUUAAAUACCCGCCCCACUACCAACCUGAAAGCCCCAUAUUUUGAAGCUGUACGAGGCUCAAGCGCCAUGCUUCUCUAAUCGCCGCCUUUUUUCCACUUGAUCUGUGGUUCUGGGUGUAAACCAUGUGUAUGUGACCAUCGUCCGCACUGCUUGUUCCAGAGAAAAGGUGGGCUUGUUGCCAGACAUGGGCUGCAUAUUUCCUGCAUAGGACUGGUCAAAAGUAGCUCGCUAUGUGCCCUUCUAAGUAUUUAACUAUAUAGGGUGCCAUUUGGGAUGUAACCAUGACUAAUGGGUCAUGUCCCCACUCAAUGUAAAUCAGUAUGAACAGUAGUGUUUGAGUCCCCCUCUUUCCUGAGCUACCCACCCCUCCCCCAGGUUUCUUGGUAUUAAAUAUUCUUCUGUAAAGUCUACAACUGA